AAAUAAGGCUUAAUCAGCAUUAAAAUAUAAUGAAGUUGCCGUGGGAUGUGUAAUGGUAAUAUUAGAAAAAAAUUAAUCUUUAUAAAUAGAAGGAAAUAUAAUAGCAAAAGCACAUAAUUUAACAAAUAAAUUCAAAAAUGUAUAUUUUUAUUUAGUUAACAAUUAUUUAUUCAAAAUAAUAUCUAUUAGGCAACUUCACAUUGCGAAAUCAAUUGCAUAAAUUAAAUUUUAUAAAAUAAUAAUAAUGACUCUUCGAUAUUUUAAAAAAUUACCCUUUUUGUGACUUGUGAACCUUGUAUAAUGUGUGCUCAUGCAUUAGCAAUUAUUGGAAUAAAAGAAACUUAUUUUGGAUGUUAUAAUGAUAGAUUUGGAGGAAAUGGUACCGUUCUAGAAUUAAAUACAGGAAAUAACGGGGCUUAAAGUUAUAAAUCUUUUGGAGGAUAUUUAGAGCCUGAAUGUAAAAAUUUAUUUAAAGAAUUAUAUGAAAAAGGAAACGAAAACUUAGAAGAAGAAAAAAGGCACAGAAAAAAAGCAAAUAAAUGA